AUGUUCAGACAACAUCGUAUGCGGUCUAAUUUUCGCGGGGAAGCUUACCAUGGUGUUCCGGGAUAUGGAAUCUAUCCAAAGUCGCGACAAGGUUCCACCUUGAAGCCGGGGGCUGGUCUCAUCUUCACAAAUACUCAGGCAUUGAACCAGAAAAACCUACCGGGACAGAGCAGCUCUGGCAAUGAAGGAACAAUCCAAAAUCAAAUUAUCGGGCUUGUGCAAGAUUAUGAUCGCUUUUUUGUCAUGGUAAUAGUUCCAGGCUCCGGAGGACAGCUGUUGCAGGCCAUUUUAGACAUCAUCGAUACUUUCAAGGACUCUGCUCCAGCUUGA